AGACUUAUAGGCCACCAUACCAGGAACCAGUGUCUGCCUUUGCUGUACAUUCCAUUGCGUUCAGAGUGCACUACACACUUAUUUCCUGGACAUGUAUUCCUGCUGACGGACAUCAGAGGGACUCUGUGAGAGAUGAGCAGGACACCUGGAGACAUUCUCUGUCGGGCUCUGGAAGAUCUGGAGCAAUAUGACUUCAAGCGGUUUAAGUCCAAGCUGUCUGAUUUCUCCUGUGGAGGUCGAGACCCCAUCCCACGUGGGUGUCUGGAAAAGGCAGAUUGCAUUGAAACAAAAGACCAUCUCGUAAAAGUAUAUGGAGAGGAAGCAGCUCUGGAAGUGACCGUAGAGGUCUUACAACUGAUCAAUCUUAUGGGACCUGCUGAGGAUCUCCAACAGAAACUUACACAAACUGUGACAUUACAGAAGACGUCUUCAGAUGCAGCACUUGAAGACUGCAGACUCCAGUAUAUGAAUGACAUGAAAGAGAGAUACUGUCGUAUAGAAGAUGGAAAUGCGAGGUUAGGAGAAACUGUCAGUCUGGAGAAAAGAUUCAUCAGUCUGUUAUUGAUAAAUAAGUAUCGGGAUGAAGAUCAGAGACUGCAUGAAAUAUUAGCUUCAGGCCGGAGACAUCUACAGAUUAUGGCAAACAGAUCAUCAGAUGAGUAUUCCCCAACCACUAUACAGGCUCUGUUUGAUCCUCAUAAAGAUGGAACUAUUCCCAAGACUCUGGUGUUACAGGGACCUGCUGGGAUAGGAAAGACUAUGACAUCCCAGAAGAUAAUGCUGGACUGGGCCUCCGGGAAUCUGUAUAAGGACAAGUUUCAGUUUGUGUUUUACAUAAGUUGUAGAGAAGUCAACACCAUCACUUCUGAUAUAAGCCUGGCUAGGUAUUUAUCCAUCUUUUGUGGACUGAGGUGUCCAACUUAUUUGUUGCAGUCAAUCUUCCGUUACCCUGAAGGAAUACUUUUCAUUUUUGAUGGUUUUGAUGAAUUAAAAUUGUCAUCAGUAAAUGAUACAGAGGUUUGUGAUGAUCCAUUUAAGGAGGUCUCCAAAGAAAUCCUUCUCUACAGUUUGUUUAGGAAAACACUGCUCAGUGGAAGCUCACUAAUCAUCACCACAAGACCCCUGUCAUUGAUGAAGCUGAAGCGCCUUGUUAUAGAUCCCCGAUGUGUGGAGAUUCUGGGGUUUACAGGGGAUCAGCGUGAGGAAUAUUUCUAUCAUUUCUUUGAAUCUAAAGAACAAGCAGACCUGACAUUUGGUUCAAUUAAGGACAAUGAUACUCUGUUUACCAUGUGCCUUAUCCCUAUAACUUGCUGGAUUGUAUGUACUGUAAUGAGACAGCUACUAAAAGAGGGAUUAUCUGUGAUUGAUUGCAAGACAUCCACAUCCAUUUACCUGUUGUACCUAAAGGGUUUAAUAAAGUAUCACGGAAGGGACUCUAUCCAGUCUAUAAGCACAUGUAUACAGAAGCUGUGUGCUUUGGCCAAUGAAGGAGUUUGGGACCAGAGAAUUCUAUUUGAAGAAGCAGAUCUUAAUAGACAUGGACUCUCUGUGUCAGAACUGGAGUCUGUCUUUUUAAAUGAGAACAUCUUCCACAGGGACAUUGGGAUCCACACCUGCUACAGUUUCAUCCAUCUGAGUGUGCAGGAGUUCUUUGCUGCUCUCUACUAUGUCCUGGGUGAGAAUACUGUGAGCAAAAUGGUCAACUUACAAAGCAGAAAUGUGAAAGACUUACUGGAGGCCUCAGAACAUCAGCCACAUCUAAACUUAACUGUAAGAUUUUUAUUUGGCCUUUCAAGUGAGAAGCAAAUUCAGGAGACUCAAAGAACUAUUGGAUGUCCCAUUUCCUUCAGAGAAAAAAAAAUUUUGGAUGAAUGGCUGAAGACCAUUCCAUCAGACAUCCAUAACACAAUACUUUCCUGCCUGUACGAGACACAGGAUGAGGACUAUGUGGAGAGAAUGAUGUCUCACUUUCUUAAUGUGAAAUUUAAAUGUGAUAUCUUUGGUGACCAGGAGAACACUGAUUUACGAGCUGUAGCCUACUGCUUGGACAGAAGUACAACAAAACAUAAGGUCUGCUUUGACAGAUACAGAAUUGGACCACAGGAUCGGAAAGUUCUAUCGAAAGCACUCUCUGAGUGUCACACGCUUUGUUUCAGUUACUGCCAGUUUCCCGAUAACAAAAAAGGUGUGUAUCAGGCUGGAUCCAGUUUAUCAGGGAUGUUUACACACUGUCAGAUGGAGGAACUAGAGUUACAGAACUGUUAUCUGACCCCAUCCUGCUGUGAUGAUCUCCGCUCUGUUCUUACUACAAACCAUUCUCUGACUAGACUGGACCUAUCAGCGAAUUAUCUGAAGGACUCUGGAUUAAAAUUUGUGUGUGAGGGACUGAGACAUCCAGCCUGUGCCCUCCAGGAGCUCAUGUUACAGGGCUGUUAUCUGACCUCCUCCUGCUGUGAUGAUCUCCGCUCUGUUCUUACUACAAACCGCUCUCUGACCAGACUGGUCCUGUCACGGAAUGCUCUGGAGGAUUCUGGAAUAAAACUUCUGUGUGAGGGACUGAGACGCCCAGCCUGUGCCCUACAGGAUCUUACGUUACAGUGGUGUCAUCUGACUUCCUCCUGCUGUGAUGAUCUCUACGAAGUUAUUACUACAAACCGCUCCCUGACCAGACUGGACCUGACAUUAAAUGAUCUGAAGGACUCUGGAGUAACUGACCUGUGUGAGGGACUGAGACAUCCAGCCUGUGCCGUACAAGAUCUUAUGUUAGGUAGCUGUCUUCUGACCUCCGACUGCUGCGAUGUUCUGAGCGCUGCUAUAACUGUAAACCGCUCUCUGACCAGACUGGACCUGUCAAGGAAUACUCUGCUCAACUCUGGAAUAGAACUUCUGUGUGAGGGACUAAGACAUCCAGCCUGUAUCCUGCAGGAUCUUACGUUACAAGAUUGUGGUCUGACCUCCUCCUGCUGUGAUGAUCUCCGCUCUGUUCUUACUACAAACCGCUCUCUGACCACACUGGACCUGUCACUGAAUAGUCUGCAGAGCUCUGGAAUAAAACUUCUGUGUGAGGGACUGACAGAGCCAGACUGUGCCCUACAGUAUCUUAGGUUAAGGAAAUGUAGUCUGACCUCCUCCUGCUGUGAUGAUCUCCGCUCAGUUAUUACUACAAACCGCUCUCUGACCAGACUGGACCUGUCAGGGAAUGCUCUGGGGAACUCUGGAAUAAGACUCCUGUGUGAGGGACUGAGACACCCAGCCUGUGUCCUACAGGAUCUUAUGUUAUCGGGCUGUGCUAUGAAAUCCUCCUGCUGUGAUCAUCUCCGCUCAGUUAUUACUACACACUGUUCUCUGACCAGACUGGACCUGUCACACAAUGCUCUGGAGGACUCUGGAAUAAGACUUCUGUGUGAGGGACUGAGACAUCCAGCCUGUACCCUGCAGGAUCUUAUGUUAUAUAGCUGUGGUCUGACCUCCUCCUGCUGUGAUGAUCUCCGCUCUGUUAUUACUACAAACCGCUCUCUGACCAGACUGGACCUGACAAAGAACAAGCUGCAGGGUGGUGUAGUAAAACUUCGGGGGGGUGUAAGGUCUCUGCAGCUUCUGGUGUAAGGUUAUGGAGUUACAUCCACUAUAUGUGUUACAUUUGAAACUGUAUUUCAACCUGCACUGAAUGUGAGAUAUGUAUUACCCGUAUCUAUACAUUUGGUUUGUAUAUUGUUCAUGGCAUACUUGCCUAUUCUCCCAAGAAUGACCGGGAGGCUCCUCAAAAUCGGAUGGCACUCCCGACCUCCUGGUAGAGUGGUCAAGUCUCCUAGCUGGGUGCUGUAAUUCCACACAAUGCCCAGCAACCCCCCAUGCCACUGUCUGUAUUGGGCAGUCUGGGGGGUUCAGAUGAUGCGAUUUGCACUGAAUUACGUCUUCAUGGCCCCCCCCCCCCUGUCUCUCAAUGCCGGUAAUCCCGGCAUUGUGUUGCAGGGGACGGGGGCCACAGUGAUGCAAUCACGUGACCACGCCCCAGAGUUCCGCCCCUAUGCCAUGUCAUUUACCCCCGCCACACACCCCUGUGCCAACCGGGCUGCCCCCUCCCACAUGGGGCAGCCAGAAUAUCAGCAAGUAUGAGUGGCUAUAUAUGUAGGACCAGAUUAACAAUGGGGCAGAAGGAGGUCUAGGCCUCAACAUUAAAAAAAAGCCCAUCAUCAUGACAAUAUAUGAUCAACAGCCAACAGCUGGCCACACGGUCGUUCAUAAAUCAUAAGUACUGUAUUACAAUUGUAUUUCUAUUUUCCUAAUAAAAUGAUGCAACUUUUAUACUUUUGCGUGUUUAGGGAGACUAUGUGGUUGAUAUUGUAGGGGAUGUACACACUCACAUGGCGCUGGCCACACCCACACAGCACUGGUCACACCCACACAGCACUGGUAACAGAAUUUCCCCUUCUCAAUAUAGGCCCUUGAAUAUCUUCAGCCUCAGGCUCAUGCGAGCAGCAUCUGUCCCCUCACAAAUAUUAUCUACUGUAGCUCUUUUGUUGACAUUACUGCUGGGUCUCUUAUGAGAUGUACUGUAUUUCAAUUUUCCAUAGUUACUGCCAGCGGCGGCUCCUGUUUUGGAUAAGGGGGCUGCCACUGCCGCUACCCAUGCUGCAGAGGAGAGAGAGAGAGAAGCCCAAGCAGGCAGCCGGCCAGCCGGGUCCAGAUGCAUGUACAAUGGAUCUGGCAGGUGCUGGAACCAGCGCAUGCACACAAGCAGCAAUUUGACUGUGCAUGCGCAAAACCCGGUUUCUAUGGACUGCAUCAGCUGCAGCCCAUAGAAGCCAAAUUGAGCUGACUAUCAGGAAGGGAUUGGCAUCCUACUGGAAGCCUGCUCUCUGCUAAUCACAGCCAGCCUGGUCUGGCAGUCCCAGACGGAUUAGACACCUCCCAAUGGGACUGCUUGUCCUGUGGGUAAUUGGAAGGUAGCGCUUCCAAUAGAAAGUCACUGCCAGUCACAGAGUAGCCACUGAAGUCACAUAGUGACUGCAAAGGGCUCAGCUAAGGUCACUGAAGUGGCAGAUUUUACUGGGGUGCUGCAUAGGUAAAAUCUGCCACUAGUUACUACCAGGGGCGUAGCCAGAAACGUGUGGGCCCCAUAGCAACAAUUUGAAAGGGCCCCUGUCACAAUGCUUUUAGAGAGACACCUCUCCACAGCAGUUGUUCAUUUUAACAACUGCCCUAAUAGUGCCCUAGUUCAUUUUCUGAACCACAGUAAAGCCUUAUUUAAUGUUAUGCCCCAUAGUCGUGCCCUAUUUCAUUUUGUGAACCAUAGUAGUGCCCUAGUUCACAUUAUGUCACAUUAUAGAGCUGCCAAUUCACAUUAUGACAUAAGAUAUCUUCACCUCAUAUUCUGUCACAUUACUCUUCCCAAGUUCAUAUUAUGUAACAUUAUAAUGCCCUCCCUUUCAUUUUAUACUAUAUUACAAUGAGCAGGUACAGGGGCAUACCUAGAUAUAUUGCAGGCCCCAAGGCAAACGUUUAUAAGGGCCCCUAUGCAUCACCCAAUGGUAAAAAAAUGUAUCUAACACAUGUAACUUUGGCAGGGAACAUGGCCCCCCCUAAGCUCUGGGCCCCAUAGCAGCUGCACUCCCUGCACCUAUGGUAGCUACGCCCUUGGUUACUACUGUCACUGGGUGUGUUCUGUCUUUAUCUGUUUAGCAUUGGACAUAUUUAGAAUGUGCUUAUGUCAAUUAACCACUUGUUACACCAGAGUUUUUACAUUGGGAAAUAGCUGCUCUGUAUAAGGUGUAAGUAGCAGAUUUCCCACUAUCUGCCUUGGGUAUAUAUAUGAGGCGCUGGCGUUUCUAUAAUGGGUGCAGUGUGUGCGGUGCACACGGGCCCCUAAGUCCACAGGGGGCCCCCACUGCGCACGCUGCAACUAUUUUUAAAAUACUCACCCCUCCGGAGUCCAGCGCCGGCACCUGCAGCGCUGUUAAAACACUGUGAAAAUGGCUCAGCUGCCAUUUUCACAGAGUUCUGAGCAUGCGCAGUAGAGAAAUCUCAGGGAAAAUGGCCGCCUCACCAUUUUCCUGGAGAUCUGCACAUGUGCAGUAGAGAAAUCUCUAGUGCUCAGACUCUUAGCACUGCUGGCAUAGAGGAGGAUACCUGAAUGGAGGAGGCUGAAACCGGGCCUCCUCCUCUCUUAAAGCGCCCCUGACAUGAGGUCCACAGGGAGGCACUCUUCUCUUCAACUACAUGGAUGUAAUGACACAGGGACAUUUCCCAUCAGACAUCACCCUAUGAUUCUCCUGUAUAGGACUUAGAUCUUUACACCUCUUUUUAUGUUUUUAAUAGUAAAUAUUUGUACAGGUCUGUGAUAUUGCUUCAUUAUUUGAUGUUGAUUAAACCAUUAUUUGCUUAA